AUGAGCAUCUUUGGAAUUAAGAGCAAUCUCGAAUCUCAACUUGACCUUGUGCAUACAAUGCGGGAAAAGUUUGACAACAUUCAACAAGGAAUUAUCAACGCUCAGGAAAAUCCAAAGAAAAGGAAAGAUGAAGAAGAUAUUCGUGAUCAAUUUUUUGCACGUUGUGAUGCCCUAUGUCUCAAGUUAAAGGAUCGAAUUGCUGAGUGCCCAACCACUUCCGGAGAUGAUAAAUCGAUGACAGCCGGAAUGCUCCGCUUCAUGACGUCAUUCAUGCAACAGUCAGAAUUCCGACACCAACAACAAAUGGAUUUGUUGCUUAACACACUCGCUAGCUCUGCCAAUCCUCCUUCUAGACCUACUGACGUCUCCACUCACCGUCCAGCUGUCAGCAAGCUUCCCCAGAAGAAUUUGCCCACUUUCGAUGGAAAGUUUUCCAAAUGGAUUUCUUUCAGAGACCGUUUUAUGGCCUCAGUGAGCGAAUAUCCCGGCAUAACAGAUGUGCAGAAAUUGGACUAUCUACAGUCAGCCUUGAAAGGUGAUGCAGCUGCUGCAAUUUGUAACUUGAGUGUCACUGACAAUAACUUCGAAGUUGCUUGGCAGAUACUUAAGACAAAGUUUGAAAAGAAAAAUGAAAUUGUUAUGGAACAUGUUCGCACGUUUUUUGCAAUGCCUAAAAUCACCCCAUCCAAUCCAAAUGCCAUACACGAAAUUACCAAUACUCUCUUGGAGUGCACAAUGGCCCUAGAUGCGAUGUUGGACUCAGAGUCUCGUGUAUUAUGGGGUAGAGAAUGUGGCUCAGAGAUACCUACGCUGAAGAAAUUCAUUGAUUUUCUGGAUCAAAGAUGUGUGGACAAUAAGAAUAGUCAACAACCUGCCUCCAAGCCACUUUCAAGUUCCUCAAACUCCCGCCAAGCUUCCAAACCAUCUUCAUCUGCAAAAAAGCCUGCUAGUGCACUCACCACAUCAGCUGCCUCUACAACUUGCCGAUGCUGUCAGGAGACAGCUCAUCCUCUUUAUAAAUGCCAAAGAUGCCAGAAAUGCCAAGCCAAACAUAACGUGCUUCUCCACGAAAAAUUCUCGCCCUCCACUGGAAGUCGCACGGAUCCUGCAAGAUCUGCGCCUGCGACAAAUCCUACGAAAAAUAGCAAACCUACCAAACCUACUGAUUCUACCGUGCUAACUGUCAAUUCCGGGCAUGGGGCUCCUAGUCCUGAGAUACCUCCUAAAGUUUUCUUGGCAACUGCAAUUGUUGACAUUCUCACCUCAAAUGGAGAAAUUAUUUCCUGCCGUAUGGUUUUGGAUGGGGCUGCUCAAGUCAACAUUAUGACUUCCAAACUUUACCAUCAAUUGAAUUUGCCAAAGUUCCCCACCAAAAUUACCAUACAGUUGAGUGAAUGCUAA